AUGGCUGCACUGUUUGUGAAAGAUCUUCACCCUGAAGUAUCAGAGGUGAUACUUUCUAAUAGAUUUAGACCUGCAGGACACGUCCAAUCUGUCCACAUUUGCAGGGACAGGAAGACCGGCUCUCCUCUCGGAUACGCGUACAUCAACUUUCGCUAUCGAGAUGACGCUGAGAGAGCCAUUGACAUGUUCAAUUUUGAACUCCUCCUGGGGAGACCCAUGCGUGUCAUGUGGUCAAACUGGGAACCCACCGCCAAGCCCAUCAAGGGAGGGAACAUAUUCAUCAGGAACCUUGAUUGGUCCAUUGACUGCACCUCCCUGUUUGACACUUUCUCUGUGUUCAGGAGGAUCGUGUCAUGCAAGGUUGUGGAAUCAAAAGGUUAUGGGUACGUUCAGUACGAGUCAGCGGAGGCGGCGGAACGGCUGAACGGAAAACUCCUGAACGACCGCCAAGUGAGCACCCUUAAGACACCUUGCACAAAGGACACUGUCCAAAGCACCAAGGCAUCUGCCUCAGAGGACAUCAGCCAGAUUGUCUACACUGCUGCCUCACAGAUGGUCCAAGCCGCUGGAUCCCCUGCCCCAGUAAACAAUGUGGAAGCUGUUGAAACUGCUGGCCCAGAGAACUCUGAGGAAUCUGUUGAGACAGCUGCCUCAGAGGGAUCUGUGGAAGCAGUGAAGACAGUGGCCUCAGAUGACAGGGUGGAAGCAGUAGAAGCAACUGCACCAGUGGAAGCUACUGAGACAGCUGCCCCAGAGGAAACUCUGGAAGCUGUGGAUAAAAUGGACACCUUACUGCGGGCAAGAGAAACUGGUGUGAAGUUGGUGAGGAUCUUUAAUUAA